UAACACUGAAAUCUGAUAUCGUUGCACUGUUUCAUAAGGUCGACUGAUAGCUGUGUUAUGAGAAGUGAUAAAAACUUGUUACAGAAUAUAGUAAACAAGCUUCAUUCAUUGAUUUGUUUAAAAGGUCAUUUAAAGCCGGCGGUUUCACGGCCUCCUGGAAGUGGCAAGGACUCGCGGACCUGUCACUGGAGGCCUGCGGUGUCUGCAAGAAAUCUGGAGCGGGAGCGACGCCGUCUGAGCAGCUCCGAGUCUCCCGAGCACCGCCAUCAUUAUCGUUAAUGUGUGCGUGAGGUUUUUAAAGGUGAAAGAUGAGUCGCUCUCUUUCAAUUUAGCGUAAAGUGGGAACGGGUGAUCGAGGUUGUGAGGACGAGGAGGCGGACACAAAGGAGAUUGGAGAGGCUGCUUGAGCUGUUAUCCGAGUUGGAGGGAAGCGAGAGCUGGAACAGGGUCAUCCUGACUGUCAUCAACCCCUCCCCUUCUCUAACCCCUCCAUCUCCAUCUCCAUCUCUACAGGGCUAUUUCUAAACUGAAGAAAGAGAGAGAGCGAGCAACAAUAGUGAUAUUUUUCUUUCAUAGACCGGUUACAAUGGAUCGUGAAAGAGGAGAGAGCGAGGAUAAUUUGGAUUAUUCAGUUGCAAAUGUAGAAAAGGCAUUGCAUCAGUUGUACUAUGAUCCGAACAUUGAUAAUAAGAAUUUGGCUCAGAAAUGGCUGAUGCAGGCACAGGUCUCUCCUCAAGCUUGGCAAUUUAGCUGGGCACUGCUCAGUCCAAAUAAAGUCCCUGAAAUUCAAUACUUUGGAGCCAGUGCUCUCCAUAUCAAGAUCUCUCGAUACUGGAAUGAUAUACCCUCAGAUCAAUAUGAGAGUUUGAAAUCCCAACUUUUUAAUCAGAUUGCAUGUUUUGCCUCUGGCUCCAAGAUUGUGCUCACCAGACUAUGUGUGGCAUUAGCAUCACUGGCACUCAACAUGAUGCCUGAAAGAUGGCCAAAUGCAGUUGGUGACAUGGUGAAGAUGUUCCAGACUGAAAGUUCAGAUGUGGAUGGCAAAGCUCGAUGUAUGGCUUUGCUGGAACUAUUAACUGUCCUUCCUGAAGAGUUCCAAACAAGCCGUCUGCCUCAGUAUCGGAAAGGUGAAGUACGAAAUGCUCUGGCACAAGAGUCUGGUGCUGUCUUUCCUCUUCUUCAACAGUUGCUACAGACAGAUUCCCCUGUGUUCAUCAGCCAGAAGGCUCUUAAGUGCUUCUCAAGCUGGGUGCAACUGGACAUUCCUCUUCUGGAUUGUGAAUCUUUGAUGCAGGCUUCAUUUUCAUCACUACAAAAUGCUGAACUCUUUGACACAGCAGUUGAAGCUCUUGUCAAUGCUAUUUCCCAACCUGAUGCUCAAAGAUAUGUAAACACGUUACUAAAGCUGAUCCCACAAGUCUUGCAGCUGCAGGAGCAGCUGAGACAAGCUGUCCAAAAUGGAGAUAUGGAAACAUCACAUGGCAUCUGCAGAAUCGCUGUGGCACUUGGAGAAAAUCACUCAAGAACGUUGUUGGAGCAAGUAGAACACUGGCAGACCUUUCUUGCACUUGUCAACAUGAUCAUGUUUUGUACAGGAAUACCAGGUCACUACCCAGUGAAUGAAACUACCAGCUCUUUAACCCUUACCUUCUGGUAUACUCUGCAGGAUGAUAUAAUGUCAUUUGAAGCUGAGAAGCAGGUUGUGUAUCUACAAGUUUAUCGUCCUGUGUACUUUCAAUUAGUUGAUGUUCUGCUCCACAAAGCUCAGUUCCCUUCAGAUGAAGAAUAUUCCUCUUGGUCUUCUGAUGAAAAAGAACAAUUUAGAAUAUACAGAGUUGAUAUCUCUGACACUCUGAUGUAUGUAUACGAAAUGCUGGGAGCUGAACUGCUAAGUAAUCUGUAUGAUAAAUUAGGAAGACUUUUAACUAACUCUGAGCAACCAACGUCAUGGCAGCACAUUGAAGCCUGUUUGUAUGGGUUUCAAUCAAUUGCGGAAACCAAUGAUGUCAACUAUUCUGACGUAAUUCCAGGAUUGAUUGGUCUUAUCCCACGGAUAAACAUCAGCAAUGUGCAGUUAGCUGACACAGUAAUGUUUACAAUAGGUGCACUAGCCGAAUGGCUGGCUGACCACCCUGUGAUGAUCAACAGUGUAUUACCACUGGUACUGCAUGCUUUGGGCAACCCAGAGCUUUCCAUAUCCAGUGUUUCCACGCUGAAGAAGAUCUGUAGAGAAUGCAAGUAUGACCUACCUCCCUAUGCUGCUAAUAUUGUGGCUGUUUCUCAGGAAGUUUUAAUGAAACAAAUUCAUAAGACAAGUCAGUGUAUGUGGCUGAUGCAGGCACUGGGAUUCCUGCUCUCUGCUCUUCAGGUGGAGGAAAUCCUUAGGAACCUGCACUCCCUCAUCAGCCCUUACAUCCAGCAACUGGAGAAACUUGCUGAAGAGCCGGUUGUGGUGGUUCUCCAACAAGUCUUCCAACUAAUACAGAAAGUUCUGUCUAAAUGGCUGAAUGAUGCUCAGGUUGUUGAGGCUGUUUGCGCAAUCUUCGAAAAGUCUGUGAAAACUCUUCUGGAUGAUUUUGCUCCGAUGAUCCCACAGCUUUCAGAAAUGCUGGGUCAGAUGUACAGUACUAUUCCACAGGCAUCUGCAUUGGAACUAACACGCCAGCUAGUGCACAUAUUUGCCACUGAUUCAACUCAUUUUGUCCCAGUAAAGGCUCUGUUCCUCCUUGUCACUUCUGUGACCCUCUCAAUCUUCCAACAAGGACCCAGGGAUCAUCCUGAUAUUGUUGAUUCAUUUAUGCAACUCCUGGCACAGGCUCUCAAAAGGAAGCCAGAUUUAUUUUUAGCAGAGAACUGUGAUGUGAAGGCAUUGUUUCAGUGCGGCAUUAUCUCGUUGAAAUUUCCAGAGGCUCCAACAGUCAAAGCAACAUGUACAUUCUUUACUGAGCUACUGUCACGUUGUCGGGAGAUACAGCCGAUUGGCUUAGUCGUCCAUGAGAAUGGAAAGCUGUUGCUGCAGGCUACUCUAGAAGCUAUUGGUGGCCAAGCCCCGAGGAAUCUAAUGGAUCAUUUUGCUGAGAUACUGUUUGCUUUGAACAAGCAUUGUGUUACCUACUUGAGCAUUUGGUUAAAGGAAGUGAUGCAGCAACAGAAUUUUCCAUCAAGUCGCCUUACUCAGAUACAAAAAGAAACAUUUAGUCAACAAAUUUUAAGAGAUCGAGUAAAUAAGAGAAGAGUAAAGGACAUUGUUAAGGAGUUCACAUUACUGUGCAGGGGUCUUCACGGCACAGAGUAUGCAGCCGAGUACUGAAGCUGAGUAUUUAUGUUGAAGUGUCACUCCUUACUAGCAUGCUUCCUGCAUUCUCAACACGUUUGCACCGUUUCCUUCUGUAAAAAUGCAUUCUAGUGUAAAAGAUGUGUUUUUAAAGCAUCAAAUAAGCUUGUGUUUGCACCACACGAUUUGAGAAAAGAAUACCUGCUCUCAUACGUAGCCAUAUUAUGAGGCAUUUUUUUAAAGUGACCAGUCAUAGGACUGGGUCAUUUAAUAGAGGGAAAUGUGCCGGGGAACUUAUGGCAUAAGCUGCCCCUGACUUGUAAGUAAUUUGUGUACAUGUUUUGUGUCAUAAUUAAAGCUUUAUGGAAGCAAUAUAACUUGCUGCUGGAGUCCUGUGAUUUUUGGCACUUUGUAAACACAACAAUAUUUUUUUGAGGGAGCUAAUCCCAGAUGAUUCAACUGUGGAAUAUUACUGGUGAUGCUGCUACAAUGUCUCAAACCAUUUUAAACAAAUUUAGAAUUUUAGUUUAUUUUUUCAUUUUAAUUUAAUUAUGGAUGUGAUGUGGAUUCCUGUUGUAAUGUAAAAGUUGAGGAUGGUGCAACAAUCUGAGAGUUUAAAACAUUAUUUGCAACUGUAACAAUAGCUAUUUGAGUUUCAAAACUUUAUACGCUAACUCAAAAGAAGCUCACUGGAGAAAUUUAAUGGAACUUGCAGUCAUCCAAUCUGAGAGAGAGAUUGAUUUGGCCUAGGUAAAGGAUCUGAUAGAUCCCACAAUAGGGAUAAUUAAAUCAAUAAACUGACAAAAAGCAGCAAAACUGCUAAAGCUUUGAGGCUCUGAAAGCUUUGUUACAGCCCUAUUUCAUUUUGCAUCUUUUAAACCUUUGUAAUGUACAGUACAUUCUCUGUGCUACUUUCUGUCAGAAAGGGUAUCAUCUUGAUGUAACUCCAAGCUAUACUUGUGUUCAUGUAACUUAUUUACCUGUUCUAGAUUUUCUAGAAGAUCCACAAAAACAUGGUAUCUAAUAUAGUCUGGAAAUAAUAUAGGAAGCCCACUAGUGAAAUCUUGAUGAGAAAUUACACUGCAGCCAAUUUGUUUUCUAUUGUGAAAUAAAGCUUCACUUAAAAAUGUGUGACUUUUUUUUCCUCCCCAUGUUUUCUUUAGCUCAAAUAAUCAUUGUGGUUCAGACAGAAAUAUAUCUUUUAACAUUUUCACCAAUUGACUUGUAAAGAGAUAUUGUGAAAUAUACACUUAUAUGCAGAUACCAUAGUCUGUAAUAAAGUAUCAUAAAGUUGAGAUGCUCUGAUUUAAAGCUGAACUGGGAUAAUGUUCGUUUGUAAAACCAGGUUUUAAGAAUCAUUAAGAAAUAACUUGCAUUAAUAAAAUGCCUAACAAGACAUCAGAAUGUUCAAAACUAUUUAAGAAUGAAGACCUGUUUGGUGAGUGGUCAGUGUGCUGGAGAGUGAUGUUUGUUUUGUGCACAACUAGAUCCUGUACAGGAAAGAUAAGUGACUAUUGAAGUGCCUUUGUUUGUGUUCGGUAAGGAUUAAAUACUGCUUGGGUCACUGGCAAUAGUCUCUGAUAUUUUUGAGUAGCUAUGUGGAAUCCUUAUUUUGUUCACUUGGAUGUAGAUGAGUAGACAGAGGAAUAGGAAAUGGAACUUAAUUUUAAUUUUUUUUUUAACUUAUUAAGUGAGGUACUGCGCAGAAUAGACCUUCCAGUCCUUUAAGGCAAGCCACCUUGCAUUUCCCCUAAUUUAAUCCUAGCCUAU